GUUUCCAAGGCCGGUGGCCAAUAUCAUUGGGCGAGUAUACUUGCCCCAAAAUCCUCGACCCGAUUUUUCAGCCAUAUUACUGGCUCAAUUUGUAUCAUUGCCUGGACUGCCGUUCCGACUGGAGCUGUCUACGCAGCUGGAAGCAUCUUCCAGAACUGUUUCGCAAUGACUCAUCCAAGCUACGAGCCCAAAGGGUGGCAUGUGACGUUGAUAAUGUGGGCACUUCUGCUAAUCUGCACAGUGCUGAAUACAUGGCUAGGGAUGAUACUACCAGUGUUGGAAGUCUUCAUUGGCAUUGCCCAUGUGCUUGGCUUUUUUGCAGUUCUUAUACCGAUUAUCUACCUCGGGCCACGCGCCGACGCAAGAUCUGUAUUUAUUCAAACGUAUAAUCUGGGCGGUUGGCGGGAUGUCACCCUAGCGACAUUAGUUGGCCUGAAAGGAACGGUUGCUGUGUUUUUAGGCACGGAUGGCGUUGUCCAUAUGGCCGAAGAGGUAGCGAAUAGUAGUGUCGUGGUCCCGCACUCCAUGUUGUUCGCCAUCGCCAUUAAUGGAGUUCUUGGAUUUGCAAUGCUGAUUGCUUUCCUCUUCACCGCUGGAGACUUCCAGACGAUCUUGAAGUCCCAGGCGACAUUCCCGGUCAUGCACAUCUUGGAGAAUUCCACCAAGAGCAAAGGAGCCUCAAUCGUUCUGUCGAGCAUGAUGGCCAUCAUGCAGGCUUGCGCGGGACUAGGUGGAAUCUCAUCCGGUAGUCGCAUGCUAUGGGCGUUUUCGCGAGAACGGGCUCUUCCAGGCUGGCGAUGGAUACAUAAGCUUGAUCGUCGGACAACAGUACCCUUUCACAGUAUUUGUAUUAUAGUUAUCGCUGCAGGCUUAAUUGGCCUCAUCAAUAUCGGGUCGUCGAUCGUGUUGAACAUUGUCUUGUCACUGCUGAUGGAAGCUUUCUUUUUCUCAUAUAUCAUUCCCCUCUCACUGCUCCUGUAUCGAAGAGUUAGAGGGGAUAUUUUUGAGCCAGGACAAGGCUCCAAUCAGGGUCUCACCUGGGGUCCUUUCCGGGUGAAAGGGGUUUGGGGGACGUUGAAUAACAUCUUUUCAUUGGCCUUCGCAUGUAUUGUGGUGAUAUUUGGGUUCUGGCCUGCAGAAAACCAUCCCACCCCCGCCAAGAUGAAUUAUAGCGUCGCCAUCUUUGGGGGGGCAAUCAUAUUUGAAAUGGUGUAUUAUUUUGGAUGGGCACGGAAAUAUUAUUUGGGGCCUGUGAUGGAAGUUCAGUCUGUGGAACGAUGA